AUGGACGAUGACCAUUCCCGCAAGAGAGUUUUUGCUCUCUGCAACUAUCUGUCCCUUUUAACCAAUGUUCAUAGAGAGCGCAGAGAGCAUCUCGUAUUUGAGAGGCUAUUGGACUCAUAUCCUGGCCUUUUAGAGCAACUAAGGGAUGGGUCAGAGGAAGAUGUUCUUCAUGUCGGAGAACUAAUUGGUAAGGGGGCAACCGCAGCACGAGGUGAAGACACAAAGUCAUUGAAGCCUGUGGUGAUCGAUUGGAUAACACCUGCAGGAGAAGCAGUCCUGCCUUCUUUGCCACGUAAUUCCAAGAUCAGUCGUGGCUUCAACCACCCUAUCACUGGCCACUUACUCUGUCCUGCUGAAUUAGAUUGGAAUGAUGCAGAAACAAAACAGAAGCUGCAAAGCGGCGAAAUUGCUGCCUAUGAUCCAGAUGAUCCUUGGAAUGGCCUUCUUAGAAGUCGCCUGCUAGUAAAUGCAUUUAGGCAUAUAUUUAUGUCGCCAAGUUCUGUGGAAAAAGAGCCCAAGGCUACACGUGCCGGCAAUGCUCGCCUUCAUGGUAUGACUGCUGUCACCGCUCCUUCUGUCGCAUAUGUCGCAACACAGGUUAGAUUCGCACUUUGCUCAUCAUCAGUAUUUUCUCGCACAGAUACAGUGACUGAUUCAGAGACGUUUUAUCACUCUCUUCUUGACCUUUUGGAAGAUCCAGAUGAAAGAGGGGAAGUAACAGAUCUUCUGGUGUGGUGGAAUCGGUAA